AUGGAUGCGAUUGCUCGCAAUCGAGAAACGUAUGCCUCUUUUGGCGAAGACGGUCUCACAGCGACGGCAAAUGCUCACGGACAUCUGAUCCAGAUUACACGGUAUUUUGGUAACGAACCAUCGGGAUUUAUCUGCGUUGACCUCCCUGAAGCUCCUGCACCCUAUUAUGUCACGGAUCGCAUGAAGGAGCUUCAAAGGUUCUGUGAAGACUCUCACAAAGGAAUGAAACUUCAAUUGCCGGAACCGCUUAACAAUGAGAGCCAAGAAUUUGAGGAUGAUAAUCAACCACUUGAUGAUGGGCUUAAAUGGGGAAUUGGGAAAGAUAUACCAAAGAUUCAAUUCUACCACGAUCGCUGGCCUUCUUUUAUUGCACAAAACCUAUGGUUAGAUUUUGAAGUCCAAUACUUCAUUUCUGCCAAGACAGUGUAUCAGACAUACACAUUCAGCUCCGUUGAAGGGAUGGAACAGAUGUUUCCUAAAAAGUUUCCGCCAUUGAUAAUUAGCGCCAACUUACUUCUCCGCCAUCUCGAUUUUGUGACAGAAGAGAAUCCUGUGAACGCUUGGAAUUCUCAUUCUCUUAGUGAUAAAAAAGCAGAAGAUCGUUAUAUUCAUGAUACAACGCUCAAUACAAAAGCCAUUUUCAUCAAGCACAAAGACUGCGAAACAGGGCCACAAGGCAAGAAAGAUGCCAUUCUGUUCAUAUCACCAUAUAUAGACCACCGCUCUCAAUCGGUUAGCCGCACUGAUCAACACGUCAAUUACGAAAUAAAAAUAGACGAACAAGCACAGAGGGAUCUAUUAAAGAAUAAAAGAGUCAAAGUCACGUUAGCUUAUACUCUUGAGUUGGCUUCUUCAACUGGUAUAAUCAGCAGCCCACUCUCCGAAGGUGCUCUGCCACACUUGCAACCCCAAGACUUUGCAUAUAAGCCGCCAUUGUUCGCUGAUGAUAAGCAUCUCAAUUUUACGUUGAGGAGGAACCUAGAACAUAUUUUAUCCGUUUGCAGCAUCCCUAUAUCCAUACACAAGGAACCAAAAGAUGAGAUUAUACCAAUUGCGUUAACAUGUGGAGACAUAUCGGGCCACAGAAUAACUAAGACAGCAAGCUUCUAUGCUUUUCAAUACUUACUCAAAGCUUUUGAACAUUUCAAUAAUGAAUCUGAUCCCAAAGAUUCAAAGAGGCUACUCCUAGCCACCCAUCCGUUGAGCCAUGAUGGUUGCGAAAAUUACAAUUGUCGGAUGAGGUUUCGCAUUUGGAAGACGUGUCAAGGGCAUUUGGCUUGGAUAAGCGACAAUAUGAAAACAGAGCGCAUCACUCACAACACAACACGAGAGAGAACUACUGAAGAAGUUAUAGAGCGUGGCUUUGUUGCGCCACACUACUGGGCCGACGGUCAAAUAAUAGGCAAUUGGGAGGAACCGUCCGAGGCAUUCCUCGCUCAAGAUAUCACUGAUGCGCCCAUACAAAUUAUCAAAUUUGGAGAAUAUUGUCGAAUCACUGGGGGUGAAGAUAUAGUCCAAAACAUUCCCGCCGGCUUUAAGAGUAUCGCGACGCACUGGGUUGAAAGCCUUCAUAAACGAAAUAAGGGCAACGCAUAUGCAUUUCCACGCCUCAGGGAGGAAGAAACGGGGAAGUUUUACCUGGCUGAUCAUGCUCUCAUUUGGUGGGCUUCAAAAUCACUGGAAGAACUCGGGCUUGAGUCAGCGCUUAAAGUUCAACUCGACAAUUCUUCUAAUACAUCUGGGCAGCGCACAAUGGAAUACUCCUCUGAAGAGAUCAGAAAUAACUUCAUCAAGAGAUUUACAAUGAAUAAUCCUGCAUCUAAAACACGGAUGCUUGCAGUUUCACGCAGCUCCGCCGAGACCAGAUUCACUCUUUCAGCAAGAGAAAGUGUCCUCUUUUAUGCUAUGGAUCUCGGCUUAUUUGAUGUUGAGAUACAUCAGGCAUGGAAGAAGUCGAUAGACGCGGCUCGUAAAAGAAGAAGUGCUUCCACACAAAAGUACAUGAAAAGCCUCAUCUACUGGUUAUCGAGCUUCAUUUAUUAUCUUACUACCAAUGGAAUUAACGGAUCCUUGACUGAGGAAAAGGAAACCUUGAUUGACAUUUGGGAAGAUAAAAUUAACGAGUGGACAAAUACAGUGGAUUACCAAACACAAUUAGAAGAUCAGCUCGAUGUUCACUGGCAUCAUCCACUUCAGUUUGCUCUUUCGGUUGUCAUAUCUGCCAAGAAUAAAUCCACGAAUUCAAGGCUCGCAGCCCAGAUGUUUGAGUACUCACGCUCGAUUCUUCUUGAAAGCUCUUCUCCCAAUGGACUUUUCCCUGGACAAUUGGAUGUAUACAAGAAUCCUAUUCUCUUUGACAGAGAAAUUAUGCGUGAUGUCUAUUGGCAGGCCACUUUCGAAGUGCCAUUCAUUCUUUGGAAAUAUCUCAUACCUCCACCAUUAGCCAAAGAAUCGCCUAUUCACAUACCUGAGUUGAUCUCUCCUUAUAUCAGAACAUUGGAGAACAAUAUCAAUCUUUUACCUGGCUCGAAUGGCAAUGGGAUACCCAACGAUGUAAUUGACCAGGGCAAAGUCGUAAAACUUUCAGAUGAAUGGCUUUACAAUGAGCUUGAUUGCUUCAAGCAUAACAUCAAGGUGUCAGAAGACAAUAUUAAGAAACUUUCAGAGGAUUACAGAUCACAAACCAAUAUGAUCGUUAUGAAGGAAGCAGCUCAAGAGAUUCACGAAGAAGACGUUCAGCAUCCAACCUCUCAAGUCAAUCAAAAGAAGAUUUUGGGGUAUAUUAUCGAUAUACCGCGAAAGUCGGAUAAAGGGCGAGACGCGCCCAAACCAACGGAAAUAAAGUCAAUCAAGUCCCUCUGUCACAACAUUUCUCGUGAACGCACGACAAAGAAAGCUAAAAAGAGACUUCUUCACUUUUGUCACGCAACUCAUAAAACGGCUCUGAUUUGCUAUAUAUCUGCUCUUGAGCACCCAGACAUCUCCACUUUCUUCGACAGGCACAAGGCCUAUAACAAACACUUCCACGAAGAAACAAACGCAGUGCUUAACCUAUGGGUUACCGAGCUUCAUUUAUCGUUUUAUCAGAUUAUUUCACAGCAGAAUUCUCAUGAUAUUUCCUCUAUCCCUGAUUUUGAGUAUUAUGACUUCCCAUAUAGUAAAAAUGAGGAAGCGGGUAAUCCCAAGCAGAUCAGCAGAGCCGUGAUGAGUUUUAGAUUUGACGGGGAUUUUUUCGAUCGUCAUUGGACAUGCCAUUUCUUCGAGUUCAGUGGAAACCGAGUAAAUGACAAUAAAAUAUCUGACAUAACGAAGGAAAAUAUUACAGGGUCUUUGAAGGCACACCCUUGGAAGCAGAGACGGGUUUUGGAACUCGUCUUUUUCGGUAAAAUUUUACAAGAUAUGGUUGAAUGCUCGCAACAGCUUUUGGAUGAGAUUAAAAGACGGAUUCUCGAAAGCUUCAAGAAAGGACCAAGGAAAUCAAGUUCCUCGACAUUCCUUGAUUCGAUUGAUUUAUUUGACGAGAUCACGAGCAACAUGUUUAUAUCAGCCAAUAAGUCAUGGAACAUAUUCCAAUACAUACUUCAAGUGGUGGAAGAAGAUCUGUACGACAAUUUAACCAAAAUUGAGCUAUGGAUGAAGCGUGAGGAGCGGCCAGAGCAUAAUAAGCCCCGAUGGACACUCAACGACGAACGCAAUUACCGAGGCGCCAUAUAUAGGCUACAGAAGUCAAACGACCUUCUAGUCCAAGAUCUCAGACUGUGUUAUACCAGAGCCAAAUCUUUUAAUGCCUCACUAACAAAGAGAUUGGAAUCUACGCGCGGCGAGUGGGAGGUUGGGAGUAAUGACGAUAUCCGCCUUUUCACAUAUGUUACGGUCGUCUUUCUUCCUAUUAGCUUUGCUACCGGUAUCUUUAGCACGAGUAGCGCACCUACAAAGGAGACGAUAAGUGGCAUGAUUACAACCGCUGGUCUUGCACUUUUGGUAACUGUUAUGACAUUGCUUAACGCCAAACUUUUGGACAGUAAAAUCGUCAAGCCUUUCCUUGCCAACUUUCGCCCAAUAUCUGAGGCAACAUUGCGACUAGUUUUACGCAGUCCUCUCUAUGUACUCGGACUGUUAUUCCGGUUAGCCUAUCUAAUCCUGAUAUCUCUCCUCUCAAUUCUACCAGGCAAAUGGAUUUCUGUGCUACGUCGCUAUUUAAUCUCGCCGGCAGAAGAAUCAUCGUCUGGGCUAUACAACAUCACGAACGCACCUAAAAAUUUCUUGGAUAAGGAAAUUAAAGGGAAAAACAAGCAAAUCAAACAGAAAUUGGUGGACGUAGAGAAAGGAUAA